AUGGUGCCGGGCGAGGCGGCGCCGGCCGGGCCGGGCUCGCCACGGGGCAGCGCCGAGGGGGCCGCGGCGGGCAGGAAGCAGCGCGCGGCCGCCCGCAGGAAGGCCUUUUCCCUGUUCGUCAAAGCCAAGGAGGUGCCGGCCGCGUCGCGGUGUCCCGGCGGCGGAGAGGGUGUGCGGUGGCGGUGCUGCCGGCAGCCAUUCGAGGAGCUGCCCGGCAUCCACAGGCACGUGGCCCUGCACCACUCCGGGGACGUGGGGCUGCUGGCGGGGCUCGGCGCGGGGCCGGCGGAGGCCGCGGACAGCCCCCCGGGCAGCGCGGCCCGGCCGAGCGGGCACUCCUGCGGCAGCCCCGAGAUCUCCUGGACGCUCCCGGACACGAGCCACGUCAGCCAGGAGGACCUGACGAGCCAGGUGGGAGACGUACUUCUCUAUUACUGUUACUGUGAGGUGAGGGAUCCAGAGAAACUCUGUGCUUGGCAAAAGGCCUUGUGUCAGCAUCUACAUCUCACUGGCAAGGUACGAGUUGCUUCGGAAGGAAUUAAUGGGACAGUUGGUGGAAGCAAAAUAGCUACCAGUCUCUACAUUAAAGUUAUGCUUUCCCAGCCUUUGUUCAAAAACAUUUUGUGUCAAGAGGAUUUCAAGAGCAGUGCAGGAGGAGCUCACUGUUUCCCAGACCUUCGAGUUGGAGUAUUCAAAGAAAUUGUACCUAUGGGCAUUGAUCCAAAAAUAGUGUCCUAUAAGGAAACUGGAAUCCAUUUAUCCCCUCAGGAAUUUCAUAGAGAAGUAGAACAGUAUUUGUCUCAGGCCACUCAAGGACAAAGUGAUACCAUCUUGCUGGACUGUCGGAACUUCUAUGAAAGUAAAAUAGGGCAUUUCCAGGGCUGUCUGGCUCCAGAUAUCAGGAAGUUCAGCUAUUUUCCAAGCUAUGUAGAUGAAAACCUGGAGCUUUUUAAAGACAAGCGUGUCCUAAUGUACUGCACAGGAGGGAUUCGCUGUGAAAGAGGCUCUGCUUACCUCAGGAGCAAGGCAGUGUGCAGAGAGGUUUACCAGCUAAAAGGUGGAAUUCACAAGUACCUAGAAGAGUUUCCAGAUGGAUUCUACAGGGGGAAGCUGUUUGUAUUUGAUGAUCGUUACGCCAUUUGUUCCAAUGAAGAUAUCAUCUCAGCAUGCAGAUACUGUGGGGUGCUGUGGGACCAGUAUAAACUUUGUUCCAGUCAGCACUGCCGGCAGCUUGUCCUGACAUGUCCAAGUUGUUGCAACAAAGGUCUUACAGCUUGCUGUCCUGUUUGUCAAGAGAAGGAGCUCAAGGUGACUUCAAGGGCUUCAGAACAGGUACUUAAGGAGGAAUGUGAAUGUACAAGGAGACGGCCAAGGGUGCCCAUUGAACCUGUCUCACCAAGGAUGCUGGACACAGGAAAAGAUUAAGCUGUUUCACUGGUUAAUGUGGCACGUGCUCAUGUAAAGGGCUUCUGUAACCAGAUCUCUAUCCAUUAACCAGUUAGGUUUGGAAAUUAUGAAAAUAUGUCAGCUUGGAAAGUCUCGUUCAUAUGCUACCUUUAAACAUAGAAUAUGCCCUGAAAACCAUCCAUUACUUGCCCGUAAAUUACCAGAGUGCCCAAUUCAUCACCAGCACUACAGGAUUCCUCUCUCUGGGUACAGUCUUGUAGUGUGGCCUUUGCCAUGGGGAUUUUGAAGCAGAGUAUCUGCAGUGUGACAGAGCUGCUCGCAGUUCAAAAGAAACUGAAGGAAUUCAAGAACAAUUGCAUUUUUUUCUUCCUGCAUGGAGAUCAACCUAUCUGACCUCUCCAAGGACCAUGCAUCUGCUUCAGUAGCUUGUAGUAAGGUGUACAAACAGCAGAUUUAUCAAUUUGGUGUGGGUGUGAGACCAGAUUAGAUCCUGAAGAUAAGUCCACAUGCACGCCAUUGACCUGCAUCUCUUGCUUUAUAGCAGUGAGAAGCAAGGUAAGGUUACCUGAAAUUACUGGCUUAACUCCUGUAAAACUGUCUGAAGGCAGCAUAAGGAGCUGGAGCAAAGGCCUAGAGACACUGUUUGCCUAGCCAUACUUGUGUGACCAGUAGGAUGAACAGCAAACCUAAUCUUCUUUCCAGUGCUCAGUCUCCCUGGGAACUGUUUUUUCCCCUCAGCUUGUCAGUGUAUGAAAUAGGCAGGGCUCAGCUCUGCUUGCACUAAAAACACCUAACAGCUUGAAGCAUGUUGAAACAACCACACAAAGAGGGGAGCACAGAGACUGUCAAAAUACCAGCAUCAUGGCACUGGAAGUGAUGCAUGUCUGCAUAAAUGGCAGCAACAGCUAUGAAAAGACUGCAAGAUCCUUUAUCCAGGUUAAAUAGUUAAAGUUCUGGGAAGCAUUUGUGCUUUUUAAACAUCAGUUGGGUUUUUUAAAAGCUGCAGGAUGUUUAUGCAAUUUCCAGCACUUGUUCAUGGAGAAAUUGUCUUUGAAGGGACCUACAGCAGAUGAGCUUAAAAUACUGCUCCAUGUGCUGUAUUGUGUGCUUGAUGCUGUAGAAUGUACAGAAAGGAUUUAUUAAUAGCAUGGAAGAUGUGUCUUGACUGAAAAAUGUCUUUAAAAUUUACUGUCAUUCUGGGAACUAAACAGUAAGUCAUAAGGAUAUCAGAGUCCCUAGGUUUGGGGUUUUUAACUGGCAAAUGUUUUUAAAAGCAAGAAAAUAGUUUCUUAGGUUUCUGCAGUUGCUUAAUGUCAGGGCUAUGUUAUUUUCAUAGAGAUUGUACCUUUCUCCCAUGGUGCUAUUAAUUCAGCAAGGCCUCAUUGUUGGCUUGACUAGCAAAUUAAAUACAUGGGCAUUGGUUCCAUUAAAGCCAUGACAAAUAUUUCUUCUUGCUUCCAGUAUUGCUACCGUGAAAUCAAUGGUUUACCAGCUGUCCUCAUAACAAUUCCAUUAACAAGGCAAAACCUUGGAGCUUAGGAGCUUUGGCAAUCUUUCUAGGAUACUAUUUAAUAGUAUACCUGUGCACAACCCAUCCUUGAGAAGAAAUUAGGUAAUUCCCAUCAGUAGGCACCUUCAGCAGGAGUCUGAGCAGUGCCCAUGUCUCCCUGGCUUCCCAGUCCCUGUUGGCUGGAUAACCUCUGUGGUUUUGAGGACUGGAGUAUUUGGGAAGGAACAUGCAAGCUCUACUUGCAGGUCUGGUCUAAAGUACUGAUGGGGGAGUGCCCCGUGAUCUUCCUGUGUUAGGCUAAAAAGAACACAAUUCUGUAAUUCAGUCUAUCAGCAGGUCUGGAACACUGUAAUCAAUUUGUAAUGCUGUUUCUGUAUCACUUGUUAUGGCAACAACUUUAUUUUGUAUGUAAAUUUCUGAAGCGUCUAUGGUAAAUAACUUCUAGUGCUUCCAAUGUAAUUUUUUAAGUACUGCACAAAUACACUUCACGUACUAUG